AUGGGUCGAAUAUUUCUUGCUCAUCCUGGAGGAGCUAGACUUUAUUCUUGCGCGAACUGCGACACUGCUUUGACGAAUCGAUCUCAACUAACAUCUAUGGUAAGCGUAGCUACGAAUAGUGACAGGAAAAAAAUAAACAUUAAGAUUGAUGUUUUCGAUUUAUCAUCUUGUAAGUUUCACAAGGAGAAUAUCUUUCUCCAAGGACUAUCGCUGUUGAGUAACAAACUAGAUUUGAGGUACAAUAGAGUACCUUCUUUACGUGAUGCUUUACUUUUCCGUUCAAUACUUGUCGCUCGAGGAAUUAAGAAAUUCGCUUUCAACAUUGUAAUGAAAUUUAUUUGUAUUAUAUUGGCUUUGUGUACUCUCUUAUGAGGAAUAGUGGCAUUUCAUUGGCUGUUGCGUAAGCAUUGGUGGCUGGUUUGCACGCAAUGAAAAGUUUUGGAAAGAAUUGAACCUUCCGCAUUGAACCUGGUGCGCUCAGUGGAACUAUUAUCAACCUAGCUAACACUCAUGUUUGUGUUUCGGAUAACAGAACAUUUGAAAGUCACUGUUUUGUUCCCUUUUUGCUUUUAUUUCUUCAUUUAUAUCAACUGCUGAGAUGAAUUAAUAAUGUAUAACUCAAGAUUAGCGGGGCUAUUUAAUAACAAUUUUUAAAAAAUUGCCCUUAAAGAUAUGUCGUCCAUUUUUCCUUUUACAUUUUGAUGUUAAUAAUAACCAUAAAAUUUGAAACGGUUUGCAAGCAAGUAGCAAUUUAUUCAGAAGCCACUCACUUCUCUCCAAUUACAGAUUUCUCUUAUCUCUUAUUUUUUUCAAUGCUGCAUUAAAUACUACUAGCUACGCUAUUCGCUUUUUAUUCCAUGAUAGGUCAUCAUUACAGCGAGUAGUCUAACUGUGUGUGGUUGUAAACAAAAUAAAAUACAAACAUGAGCCAGCCAGUUUUGAACUGCUUAUAAAAACAAAAGAUUAUUCCCUCCCUCAGAUGUUGCUUUCAUGAAUUAUCAGGUAGUCAAAAUCUGGAGCUCAUGAUCUAGUCAUUAAACAACUGAAUACCAUUGGAAUUUUCAUUUGUGUUUUAUUUACUAUAUUAGUUUUAGGACUAGCUAAGUAGUCCCAUACAGACAGUCUACUGUAUUCAAAAUUGUUCUCCAUAAGUACAGAAUGAAAUGUCAUUCCGCAGAUAGAAAUUAGUUACUUUUGUUGACACAUAAUCUUCCAGCAAUUUCUCUGGAAGAGAAUCACUCUUGCCUUGAUUGUUUUACUUCAGAGUUUUAAUUGAUUGAAAAAACACUUAAUUUGUUUCAUUGUCUUGUAAAUACCAAUAGAAAUUUACAGGGGCUACUGGAAGAGCAUUCCUCUUCAAGAAAGUGUAAGUGUUCUUGAUUGUCCUUUUGUUUAUAAAUUAAUGAUACCAUAAUUCAGAUAAACACUUUUUGAAUACUUAAACAAUUAUCAGUUUAGCCCUGUAUCAAGGCAAAGACCUUACAGAGAAACUAUUUUUCCUUAAGCUCCAUGUUGAUAGAUCAGUGACAGGAAAUAUAAUUUAUUGUAACCUAAUGUCUAUCCAUACCUUGUGGUAAUGGUUACCCAAAUUUAAGGUUACUGACUCAGGAGGAUACCUAAAAAAAAUGGCAACCCAACAGUCUUGUCCCCAAAAGUCUGCUUACAUUCACUCCAAAUAUAACAGGAACCUCUGGCCUUUUGAGUCAACAGCACUAAUUUCAGAUUACUUAUAUGAUCCUAGGGUGAAUUUGUCCUACAGUGAAGUUCAAGACAGAGUAAUGGUAGGCAAAUUCAGAUUUUUCUGUUAGUGUAUUCUGAUACCUCAAGCAGCAAGGUACAAACUGGACAGGAGCAGGUAGAUUAGCCCAGAACAGAGUGCGAUGGCAAGGGGUCGUCGAUGGCCUAUGCUCCACACGGAGUUACAGGCCUUAGUAGUAGUAGUUUAUUCUGAUCCCUAAAGGCUGAUCAAAAGCCCAAUCUAUUAACUUUUUUAACCAUGAUUUGACUCGAACUCUGACUGAACCUUUACAUGUUUGUUUUUAUAGCUUACUGGAAGGCACAUGGUCCGAGAUGUUUUUUGCAAGAACUGUGAUACAAAACUGGGGUGGAUGUAUGUAAGUGACAGUCACCGUUAGCUUUAUGUCUGUUUACAAAUGUUGUUCAGCUGAUAUCUAUGUAACUAUGAAAAAAAUCAGAAAGGAGUGAGCAAAUGAAUGCACUACUAGGUAUCUGGAAGGAUAUUAUAUACUUUUAAAUUGUUUUCAAACAACUACUGUGUACUUAACUGCAUAUGUAUCUUUUAUACCAUUCUCUCUAUGAUUUCAGGAAUAUGCAACAGAAGAGAGCCAGCAGUACAAGGUUAGUUUUAGUUUCAUAUUCACUUUUACAUGAUCAUGGAUACUUGGUUAAAAUGUUGUAGAUGCAUAACUUAGUAAUACAUGUUGAAAGAGGAACAUUUUGUACUUUCAGGAAGGUCAAGUUAUUCUGGAGCGAGCACUGGUGACUGAGAGUGAAGGAAUUGAAGAAAUUGGUGACUAGUUGCAUUCUGUUAUGUUUAAAAAACAAUUAAAGGGUGAGAAUCAUUAUGGGCAUUUGUGAAGCUAAGGUAGUAAAUAGACAAAUUUCUUGAGAAAAAGUAACGUCAGAUUGUUAUACAGUUUGAUUUUAUAUCAUAGAAAAAGUUGUAGUUUUUCAUACUGAUUAGAUACAGUAGCUAACUGUGAUUAUUCAAAAUGGUGAAGUACAACAAUGAUGAACUGUUUCCUUGAAUCUCAUGAUACAGUCACUUCCAAUGUGAACCACAACAUAUGAUGACGCCCUUGCUGUGAUUGUUUGGUUGUCAUAUGAUUUGAAUUGAUUGUAUCAUGAAAAAUAAAACCAAACAAAAUAUACUUUCAUUUUAUUACACUUCAGUGAUACUUCAAAGAUGAAUAAUUUUGUUCUUUGAACUCUAAAAUCAAUUUUGCAUUAUUGAGCUUCUGUUGUUGGUAUCUUAAUUAACUGGACACUGCCCCUUCCCACUCUUCAACACAAUUGUAACAUAAUGUGUGCCAUUAAAAAGAUUGUAAAUAUCUUAGAUAACAUUGCUGCCGGGUUUAAUAAGCAUUUGUAUGUAUAGUUUGUACAGAGCAAAGUAAAAAAAACUAGGUUACAAGAGAAGCUUUAUUCAUACUAAGUUCUAAUCUCUAUUUAAACUAUGAAUCAUAAUUUAGCAUUGCUAAUUAAAUGCAAUUCAAAGUGUUCAAAGUAUUUAAUAAAGAAGUCAGUAAUUUUUAGGCUUCUUCAUGUGAGAUUUACCUAAUACUUAUGUUAGGCUGUCUCUUUGCAUUAAUUCUCACACAUUUUAUUUGUGUUGAACAGCACUGUAAGACAAGCCUUUUACAUUUGUGGUUCACCUUAAUUAAAACAAGAGUGAUCAGUGUCUGAUCAUUCUUCAAAUGACUAUUGAUAAUUAUAAAUCAGCUAGUGCUGGAAAUUGCAAUGACCCCAAUGUCUACUCAAAUGGUUAAAUAGUAUGAUGAAUUCAAGUUUUUGAAUGUCUCAUUACUGAAUAUUGUGGAAGAGCUGUUGUGUCCAGCCUGAAUUUUUCAGUUCAACACUUGUCAGUAAAGCAUUUUGACAGAACCACUUUUACCAAAAUUUCAACUUUACCUCUUAAAAACAAUAGUUUUUUUCCAGCACUGGUCAUGUCUAAUUAUAGGGGUUGUGCCUAUUGCUUAGGAUUAAGUGCAAGGUGAUCACCAUUGAUUGACUUAAAACUAUUUAUGGAAUAAUUUACCAUUCAAAACUUUUGCAAAAAUGUAGGGAUUGAACAACCAGAAACUAAAAGUGUGAUGCUUUGUGGACAUUCCCUUAGAGAUACCUUUUGAGUCUCUGAUGAUUAUCUCCUCAUGACCAUCAAAUUUGAUAUGCAUGUUUAAUGAAAAUUUUGAUAAAUCUUUUGCACAUUGCAAGGGUACAACUGAGUCUGAAUCUUGCCAUUCUCUCAGAUCUUUCACUGGCAUCAGUUUAUCUCAUAAAAUUAUUCGCAGCAAUUUUUUAUGUGUCAAGAUGGCCUUUUGUAGGUGUACUUAUUAAAGAGAUGUAUUAACAAAUACAUUGAAAUAAAAUGGAUUUAUGG